AUGAAGAAUAGUCUGUCAUUGUAUGUUUAUCUUGGGAUGUUUUAUAUGUUCACGUCGGUUUCUACAACACCUUUCCCAGCGAAACAACUGAGACCUGCGAUACCAGUAUCAACUGAAUACAAACGUUUGGCAACACAUUGUUUCAUCGAUGAUUAUACAACGUGGUCAGAAAAAUAUCAAUUUUUGUUGUUUAUGCUUCGCAUGGCUGAUGUAUUGAAUAUGGCUGAUCAAGAUAGAGAGUCGUUAUCGAAACAAUGGGACCAAAUGCGUCUUCAACAGCAAUGUUUACGCUUUAUCGAACGGUUACCGGUCUCCGUUGGUCCUGGACCAUCGACGGCAGGUGCCAUGGAAUGGAUUACAACUCUCAUAUCAGAAAUCUAUACAUACCUUGAAUAUCGUGAUGAUACGGGCAUUGAUCGUCUCAAUCGUUUAUACACAGUUGCAAUUCUAUCGGCAUUCGUAACACUAAUCACAACUCAACAAUACGUUGUCGGCGAUCCAAUUCUCUGUUGGAUGCCAAAAGAUGUUCCCGAGUCCAAUUCGAAGUUUGCGCAUGACACUUGCUGGCUAGGCCAUACGAAUUAUUAUGUACCACAGAAUGCGACUACUUUAGAACAUCCAACGAUUCCACGAACUUCCCCGUUUACUAUCUAUCCAUGGUUACCAGUCGCUCUUAUUGGCAUGACAGUGAGUUUUAUUCUACCGUAUCUAUUAAUUUGGCACGGAUUUUCAAGCCGAACAGGCAUCAAUAUAAAACGCUUGAUGAAAAUCGAUAAACAACACGAGUUAAAACAAACUAUUAAUUACAUUCUGAAGAGGAAAUAUUCCUACGACUGUUUGGGUGGAAAUUACGUGAUGUGUGUAUAUUUACUAAUGAAAAUCCUAUAUAUCUUCAUUUUAAUCGGUCAACUCUUUUUUGUUAAUAAACUAAUCACAGGAUUUUACUUUCAGUUCGAUCCCAAAUAUCUAUUAGAAAUUUUAUCAGUUAAACACGAUAUGUGGACAUCGGCCCACUUUCCAAUCGAAACGAUGUGUGAUUUCAUGGUUCGAAUGUUAGGUGAUAUUAACAAUUGGUAUACGAUCCAAUGUAUUUUACCGUUUAAUCUAUUUACAAAACGAAUCUUUGUUUUAUUAUUAAUCUGGUUUAGUGUGCUAUUAAUGUUAAACUUAAUUGAUUUUAUAUUUGUCUGGUUAUACCAACGAGUUUAUUCGAGUGAUUAUCGUUACGAAUAUAUCUUUCGGCUUGUUCAUAUCUAUAAAUCAUGUUUAUAUAAAGACGACAUAGAGAACGAAAUCAUGUUGACAAACGACUGUGAAAUUCAUCGCCGUGAGUUCGUUCAUGGAUAUUUGAAAUUAGAUGGUUAUUUAUUAUUAAAGUUUCUACAUGGAAUUUCCACCGAUAUGGACAUGAGUCAUCUCGUUGUGUAUCUCUACGCACAAUUCAUUCGAAUGAAACAUGACGCGUCGAAGAAAUACGAGAGGAAAACUAUUGUUUAG